AUGUCUUCCCAAGCAACAGCAACAACUCCAAGUCGUUCAACUAUAACUAUGUCAAAUUCAAUUACUCCAAGCCGUCAACAACAACCAUCAAAGCAAUAUGCCAAUUUAUCACAACAACAAGCAAAGAUAAUGGAUUUUAUUAAACGCUUUGGGGAUGCAAAUAAAGGUUUGUGGGGAAAAAUAUUUUUUUUGGUUUUUUAG